CGGGUCGACCAGCGCCGUCGGUUAUUGUUCCGCGAUGUACGAUGAGGCGCAGAAGUGGCUGUUGCUGCUCCGCUGGGCCGUCUUCAGGGCCCUGCUCAAAGCCGCGAAUGAUGGUGCAGAACUGCCGGAAGUCCUGAUGUGUCCCAGGUGCCGUGAGCAGUUCACGGACGUGCAAGAGUACCUCUCCCACAAAGCGGAAUGUGACAAGAAAGCCAUCAAGCAUGACGAUCCAGCGCACUCUGACCCUGAAGAUAUGGUGGUGUCAGAAGACGACGAGGAGGAAAUAAGAGAUGACGACACUGGCGGAAAAAGAUUGGAGCGGAUGCGGAGGCAUCGACAAGAUGCAGCCAACAACAACAGCGUGGACGAAAACGGAGAACCCGGCCAACCUCUGGGUUUCCCCUUCCCGGUUCCACCAGCAGCACCUGGUCACGUGACCUUGGAAGCCUUGCAGAACACCAAGGUGGCUGUGGCGCAGUUCGCUGCUACUGCAAUGGCGAACAACACCGACAACGAGGCCGCGUUACAGGAACUGGCAGUGUUGCAAUCGACGUUGUUCACCUUGCAACACCAGCAGGUGUUGCAGUUGCAGUUGAUCAAUCAGCUGCAGCAGCAGCUGCAGAUUGACAGGGUGAAGGAAGAGGAGGUGUCUCCUGACUCACCACAGCCUUCAGAGCAUGAGCCUGAAAAUGCUGUUGCCGAUUCGCCACCGGCACAACCACAGAUACCCUCACCCGAGGAGCCAGUGCCUCCAGUCGCCUCCACUCCCAUAGCCCAAGCAAUGACACAGCCUCCUCAAAUCAUGGAGGUACCUCCAGAAUCCUGUAUACCAACCUCCCUUCCACCUCAGAUCCAACCUCCACUUUGUUCCAUUUCCUCCUCGCUUGCCUCAACGAUUAUCACACAUUCAGACUCCGACCACCCAUCGGAAGAACCCAAUACUCUGGAGAUGCUGCAGAAAAGAGCCCAAGAGGUGCUAGAUAAUGCUAGUCAAGGCCUGUUGGCCACCAACCUGGCCGACGAGUUGGCUUUUAGGAAAAGCAAAGGUGCAAUGUCCCCAUACGACUCAAAAGGUCGCAACGAGCCCUUCUUCAAACACAGAUGCCGGUACUGCGGCAAAGUGUUCGGUUCGGACUCGGCCCUUCAAAUACAUAUCCGCUCCCAUACGGGAGAGCGUCCCUACAAGUGCAAUGUGUGUGGCAGCAGGUUCACCACCAAGGGGAACCUCAAGGUCCACUUCCAAAGGCACAGCCAAAAAUUCCCGCAUAUCAAGAUGAAUCCCAACCCGGUUCCAGAGCACUUAGACAAGUACCAUCCUCCGUUAUUGGCACAGUUGGGGCAGCAACCUUCCCUGUCACCUGGCGGGCCUCCUCACCCUCCGCAUUUAGGUUUCCCAGGCGGUCAUCCUUUCCAACCAACAUCGUUACCGUUAUUCAGACAUCAGCCUCCUCCCCCUCCAGAGCUAUUGAACAACAGGCUACAGCCGUCACCUCACAGGAUCCAAGAACCUCCUCCAAGGUUAUUUCCCCCUCAUCCUUUGUUCCUCAAAAGGGAAGAGCAAGAUGCUCCCGCUGAUUUGAGCAAACCUCAAAGAUCUCCGACCCCUGUAGAAGAAAAACCUCAACCGAUCGAACAGGAGCAGCGAAGAGAAUCUACUGAAGAACAGAGGGAGCAAAGACAGCCGGAUAGAGUUCCUCAAUUGACUCCAAAGGCAGAGCCAGGACUGACGGACAAUGAAGUUGAACAGGAGCAAGAAAGGUACCCCUCUCCAAUUCCUUACGAUGAGUGCAGCAACAAUAGUAGCAAAUACAGCAACGAAGAAAUGAUGGAGCAAAGAAGUCCGAACGUUGAACAACAAGAGCAAAUGCAAGACGAGCCAGAAAACCUUUCCAAUAGAAGUAAUUCGAUUAGUAUUCCUUUGAGCAUUUCCACUGCGGGCCAACGGUUGCCUGGAAAUUUUUCCUUCGGUCAUCCGGCAAGUUCCCCUCCAAGCAGCACGUCUUCUGGAAGUCUUGGAAAUUUUCCUACAACGCCCAUUCCUGAUAUCACGAAAGAUCCGGCGAUAUACACCAACUUGCUGCCUAGGCCUGGAAGUAACGACAACUCCUGGGAGAGUUUGAUAGAAGUAACCAAGACAUCGGAAACGAGCAAACUACAGCAACUGGUGGACAACAUUGAACAUAAACUCUCGGAUCCCAACCAGUGUGUCAUUUGCCAUAGGGUUCUAUCGUGCAAGAGCGCUUUACAGAUGCAUUACCGUACUCACACGGGUGAGAGACCGUUCAAGUGCAAAAUUUGUGGCCGUGCCUUCACCACGAAGGGUAACCUAAAAACGCACAUGGGCGUCCACAGAGCCAAGCCACCGAUGAGGGUCCUGCACCAAUGUCCCGUUUGCCACAAGAAGUUCACAAACGCCCUUGUCCUGCAACAACAUAUCCGCCUGCAUACUGGCGAACCUACUGAUCUCACCCCCGAGCAGAUUCAAGCCGCUGAAAUCAAAGACUUCCCAUCUCCAGGAGGGUUUCCGGCUCUGCCCAAUUCUAUGCACCCAUUCCUCAGCCAAGGCUUUCCUAUUCCAGGCCUAUCACCGCUCGGCCAUUCUGGAAUGCCACUUAACAUGAAAUUCGAGAGAGGGGAUGUCAAGUCUGAACACGAGAGCCUAGAAGAUGACGAAGAAGAAGAUGACGACAUGAGUACGACCGAGAACCAACACCUGCAACCAUUCGCUGCGUCCUCCCCAACGACGGAGGCUCAAAACGUGGCAACAUCGGUAAGCGCGAUGCUUUCCCAGUAUCCGUCAGGUCGCCUAAGUUGUCCAGCAACGGAGGAUAGAACCAGCGUUGCCACGUCUCCAUCGCAACUGCAAAACGGAGAGAAGAGCCCUGAGCAUCAGUCUAACGCAGACGGAAGCCCAGCGGGCUCAGAGGCUAUGUUGAGGGCGUCACCGAACCACACGACCGUCCAGAUUCCACGGCCGCCUUCAUCACAGCAAGCCUCCAGCCCAACGCCCUCCGACACAUCACAAAGCGGAGCUCUCGAUCUCACGCCUCGCAAUUCCUCUCAGCAACAAUCCCAGCCCCAACAAGCCCCGCAAUCGGCUCCCCACAGUCCCCCUAUCCCAGCAGUAUCGGCCACCCCGCCUCUUUUUCCCACCUUCGGACUUUUGCCGCAAGGGGGCGGGCAACCGCCGCCGCCUCCCCUGAUGACAUCCGCCCUAUCGUCGCUGACGUCAUCGGUGCUGACUAGUACGAGCUUUAGUCCGCUCAGGCUGGCUGUCGGACCUGUUGCUGGUCGUGGUAAUACAACAUGCAACCUGUGCUUCAAAACAUUCGCCUGCCAUUCAGCUUUAGAAAUACACUUCAGGAGCCACACCAAAGAGAGACCAUUCAAAUGCACAGUAUGUGACAGGGGAUUCUCGACAAAGGAUGGUUGCGCGUGCGUAGCACAGAGGCGUAUCCAGGAAGAAUUCGAACCGUGGCGGGGGUCUAGAGAUAGAGAAAGAGACAGAAAAUCCCAUUCUUCACUUCACAAGAGCAUUCCCUCCAUUUUUCCACUACCGAUGACACCUGGAUACGCCUCCUCUAGAAAGACGGGCAACAUGAAGCAGCACAUGCUGACGCACAAGAUCCGCGACAUGCCCCAGCACAUGUUCGACAACAAACCCCCCGGCCACCCCGCACCGCCGUCCUUGUGCAGCGACGAUUCUUCCGCCUCCUUGCCGCCCACCAUGUCAUCCGCGCAGCCGUUAGAGGGCGACCAACCGCCCCCGGUGCAGCAACAAGGGCACCAAACGCCGCCCCAACAGCCCGCCCAGGUCAAGACGGAGCCCGACGGGCAGCAAAUCAAGAGGGAGCCCACGGAGACGGAACUGCCGCUGCCCAAACGGCCGCCCAGCCUGCAGUCCAGCAAGCAUCUGUGCCACGUGUGCAACAAGAACUUCAGCAGCAGUUCGGCGCUUCAGAUCCACAUGCGCACGCACACCGGCGACAAACCGUUCAGAUGCACCGUUUGCCAGAAGGCGUUCACAACUAAGGGCAACCUCAAGGUUCACAUGGGCACCCACAUGUGGAGCAACGGGGCCUCGAGGCGAGGGCGACGCAUGUCCCUCGACCUGCCGCCCAUUCCGAUGACCCCCAAGGACUCCGAAUUCCUGCAACGGAGGCCCGACCUCUUCUAUCCAUACCUACCGGCUCCAUUCCUUAACGGCAUGCAACAAAAGCUGACCGAGAUCUCGAUGUCCCACCCGCCAACAACGAACGGCCUAUCACCGUCCUCGAUGGCCGCCAAAUACAGCAGCCUGCUGGGAUUCGGUUACCCCAGCUCCGCCCCGCCGUUAGGCCACGCCCCCGGCGCCGAUAGUGGGCGUUCCCGCGCCGGUUCGCCCGACCGAGCUCCUCCCACCAGCCAACCGAGCAACCAGGAGGGCGGGGACGGACGUCCGCCCAUAUGGGAUCUGCAUUUCGCCGCUGGCAAAACCGAAAGGGGGGAGGAGAUGAUGGCUCCACCGCCUAGAGAGGCGGCGCGUGAAGGAUUGGCGGCGUAAAGAGGGCGAGAUGUAUAGGAAGUAGGAGGUUGGAUAGAAGUUGGGUAAAGAGAGUUGCAGAGAAGAUGAAAUAAAGCAUACGAUGUUGCAUGUUUUGUCACACUUUGGGAGCUCAUCUUCUGCAAGUCUCUUGUAGCUCAAUCGAAGUCAAUAGUAAAAGUCUAUCUAAAUUCAAGGGUGUUUCUACGCUAUCUAAGAAUGCACAAUUUAGUCUAAUGUGUAUUUAUAUCUUAAUAUUGUGGAAUACAUCGUCGAAUAUUUGCAUUUUAAAUAGCACAUAUACCCAGACUGGUUGAAUCAAUACAUUGCAAUCAAAUAUUGUAUGAAUGAUAAUCUUACUGCAAGAAUUAGACUGUACGCUCUCUUUGAUGCACCACAACAUCACUUGAUGACAUUAGUCAUGCAUUUAGUGCUUAUUAUGAGCGGUGAGUCUUUGAAAUUAAAGAUGAAUUCCUGUUAGAUUUGAGGUAAGGUGCUUGGAUUGACCAGUUUGGGUUGCGUUGUAUAUCAAGGAACACCCUGUAUAUGACUCGGAGUUGGGGCAAUGCUUACUGUGAUACAACAGCCGAAAAGCUGUUCUGGACAGACAAGAAACUGUCGUGUAGAAAUAUUUGAUCAGAAAUUGAAUUUAAUGUAUAAACAAGUGUCGGUGGCAAUCCGGAAUGCACUACUAAGGAUGUUACAUUUUUUGAGCUCCAAAUUAAUGCAGUAGACUUAGAACUGAUUAACGUAGUUCCUAUACGCGUAGUCUGACUACAGCUUUGUCAUAAAGUUGUUCAAAUUAAGAAACUAAUUAUAGUAUAAAACUGUUCAUCACUAAAUUUCCUUUGUACAGUUAAUAGGAAGUUUUUAUUUAAAUCUUUCUCACACCUUCUCUGUAUACGCACACACUUAUGUAAUCAAAAUGUAAUGAUAACAUCACACAUUUUUUUGAAAUCUUCAUUCAAUCUGAUAGUUGUAGUUUCGUCCUAAAAACUUUCAUUGCAAUAAACACCAACAAGCACUAUAUUUCUAGUCAUCUUAGUCUACGAGGUCAUCUUUGGUAGAAGCUUGAAAAUACAGAUCGUACGUGAAUACACUGAUCUCUUAGAAGUGGGAAAGGAAUUGCCACCAGACAACAAUUUUGUAUCAUACUAGCUAAGUGUAUAUGUAACUGCUGGGUGGAUAGACAUGCAUUUUACUCAUCGAGUCAGAACGAAUCAUACAUACAGAAUAUCCAAAACGAAAACUGACGUACUAUUUAUUUUUAUGAAAAUAUCAAUCGAUGUCUUUCAAAGAAAUAUCAACAUUAUAGAUCAUAGUUAGAUGGAAGGCUUCGCAAAUGUCCACCCUGUGUAUUUGUUUUGCUGUGUUAAUAUUCACACCUUCAGGAACGUCUAAAAAUUUUGCUUUGGAUGCAGUGGACAUAUAAUGGAAGAUGUUAACUCAAAGUAUACAGAUUAUUGUCCUCGCGCGGCGGUACCGUGGUAAGUGACUAUGAGGCAGCGUGGUGCAACCAGAAAGUAAUUGGAUAUACGUUACCAAUCCUGUUUGUUCCACCAAAUGGGGCAUCAGCUUGAAGAAACGGAGAAACAGUCGCGUGGGUAGGAUUAAAUUUACCUCUAACAGUCGAUCCAGAAAUGUUGUUGGCAGCUGGUGCUGUAGACUGACUGGUUAGGUCCUGUGUUUCAAGUUGUUGCUUACUGAACAUGCAUAUGAUUUUUCGCGGAGUAUUACUUAUAUACUUAUCAAUAGAAUCUCCCGAAAUAGUUACCUAAUAUUAAUUCCAACUGUUAUUGACUAGGUAAGACUGUAAAAAGAUCACUGCGAAUUAUUUCAAACCCCGAAAACUGUUGUAUAUAUUUUUGUGUACUCCCGCAUUUUACAAGCAAAAUCUUGAUCUUCCUGGGGUGAUCACUAUGUCCAAUGGACAUAAAGGCUAUGCCAGUAUCUAGCUUUACAUCACUUUGUAAAUACUAUAGUAGGUAUAAAUAUGGAAAACCCACACUAAGCGUAUAUAUAGAUGUUGUCCAAUUAGUAUCUAUGGUGAACGUUCUAUGUAUAUAUCAUCUUUUAUGUGAAAUGAGACUGUUUUUAUUAUUUUUAAUGAUUUUUCUCGUAUGCUUUUUAUAAUCUGUCCCUUACAGCUUAAUCCAGCCACUAUAGCAACAACCUGAUAAUUUUUUAGGAUCGAUUAGUUUCGUUACAUAGAGUUACAAUUUGUCUACUUGAAGCUUAGAAGUGGGGAGCUGGAGUUGCAAAAAACCCAAUGUAACUGAUUAUUAUUUUGGUAUUGUUAGAAGCACGAUACGAAAGAAAACUAAAAUUUUCGGGAAAGAUUGGUGGAUAUCAAGUAAACUGGAAAAAUUAUAAAACUUUCCACUAUAGUGGCUUGACUAGCAUCUCUAUCCUAGUACAAAAUUUUUAUUUAUGUGUAUAAAUGCGUAAUGUUGACGUGCUCUUCUUUUAUUCAUUACCGCAAAAAAACUAUGCUGGUUUGAAAAAUCAUAUUUAAGAUUUAUAAAGAUAUUGUGUAAAAUGUAAGUAUUCUAAAAUGUCUCCUUUUUUAUUUCUAAAUGAAUGUACAAAUAUUUUUAACUGGUACGUUAUCGAACUAUGUCUGUAUUUAUAAACACUUACAGCCAGUUAAACUCUGUUUAAUAAUUAUAAAAUAUA